UCUCCGUCGUGGCCGUGGCCGUGCCCGUUGCUCUGGCGGCGGCAGCGGCUCCGGGCGCGCAGAGGGCAGCGGGCGCCCCUCGCCCGUGGCCGUGUCCAGCAGCCCGCGCUGGGACCCGGAGGCCAGGCGGCGGCUGGCAGUGCCCGGCCCUCCUCCUCCUCCUCCUCCUCCUCUUCGUCGCCAGCCCCGGGCGACUGCGGACUCCGGGCAGCCCCCGCGGCGGCCGAGGCAGCCGAGCGGACGGCGGGGGAUGGCGAGAUAGCGGCGCGGGAGCGGCCGGGCUGACCACGCCGGACGGAGGAUGGACGUUGCCUCGUGUUUAGGACGACCGACCCGGAUGGCGGCCAGGGAAGGGCGGAGGAUGACUUCACAUCUCCGGUGGUUCUUAUCCACGUUUAUGCUUCUGUACUUAAUGGAUCAAGUAAGCAGCCAGAGAAAGGGCGCUCCUCGGGACGUGGAGUGUGUAACCAGCGAUUUACAAGCUUGGGACUGUUCUUGGAGAGCGCCCUCGGGAGCAGGCCGCGGAGCUCUUUACGAUGUUUGCAUCAAAAACAGGACCCGUUCUUGUUAUCAGUUGGGGAAAACAAGUACUAAAAUCCCAACUCUUUCACCUGGGCAUUAUGAAAUAACGAUAAGCCCGCUACAUGAUUUUGGAAGUCCUAUAAGCAGAUUCAUACUGAAUGAAAAAAAUGUGUCCCUCAUUCCAGACCCUCCGGAGAUCCUGCGUUUGUCUGCCAAUUUCUCAACGUCUACGUUACACCUGGAGUGGAGUGACAGGGGCUCUGCCUUUCCCCAUCACGCAAAUGUCAUUUGGGAAAUUAAAGUCCUACGUAAAGAGAACAUGGAACUCGUAAAAUUAGAGACCUUCAACACAACCCUGAACGGGAAGGACACAGUCCACCGCUGGAGCUGGGCCUCGGACCUGCCCUUGGAGUGUGCCACUCACUCCGUGGGCCUGCGGCGCUACAUCGACGACGCGCGCUUCUCUGGCCGCAAAGAGUGGAGCGACUGGAGCCCCCUGCAGAACGUUUCUGGGGCUACUGAUACUCAGAAUAAGGUUUUUCCUCAAGACAAAGUGGUACCUGCGGGCUCAGACGUAACGUUCUGUUUUGUGACUCAAGAAGAAGUGUCAUCAGCACAGAUCAGCUACUCAAAGUAUCCCCUUAUUCAUCUCGAUGGGGAAAAUGUGGCAAUCAAGGUCCAUAACAUUUCUGUUUCUAUAAGUAGUGGAACAAAUGUGGUUUUCAUGACAAACAAAGACAUGUAUGGAACAGUCAUCUUUGCAGGAUAUCCACCUGAUAUUCCUCAAAAGCUGAACUGUGAGACUUACGAUUUGAAAGAGAUUGUCUGUACGUGGGAUCCAGGAAGGCCGACGGCUUUGGUGGGCCCUCGCAGUACAGGUUACACUUUGUUUGAAAGUUUUUCUGGAGAAUCUGUUGCAUUUAAAAGAGUUGUAGCACCCAUAAAUGAAAGCUAUCAGUUAUUCUUUCAAGUGCUUCCAAACCAAGAAAUGUAUAAUUUUACUUUGAAUGCUCUCAAUCCUCUGGGUCAAUCAGAAGCAACGAUUUUCAUCAACGUGACUGAGAAAGUUUCCCCCCAUACUCCUACUUCAAUCAGAGUGAAGGAUAUUAAUUCAACAGCUGUUACGCUUUCCUGGCACUUACCAGGCAGCUUUGCAAAGAUUAAACUGUUAUGUCAAGUUGAAAUUAACAAAGCUAAUUCAGUACGGGAAUUGCGGAAUGUCACAAUCAGAGGAGUAGACAAUUCAAAUUACCUCAUCGCUGUGGACAAGUUAAGUCCGUACACUGUGUAUGCUUUUCGGAUUCGUUGUUCCAGUGAAACUUUCUGGAAAUGGAGCAAAUGGAGCAGUGAAAAACAAUAUUUAACCACAGAAGCCAUUCCUUCAAAGGGACCGGACACUUGGAGGGAGUGGCGCUCUGACGGGAAGAAUUUAAUAAUAUAUUGGAAGCCUUUACCCAUGAAUGAAGCUAACGGGAAAAUCCUCUUCUAUAACGUAUCCUGUUCGUCAGAGGAGAAAACACAGUCCCUCUCUGAGAUCCCUGAUCCUCAGCACAAGGCAGAAAUGCAACUGGACAAACAUGACUACAUCAUCAGUGUGGUGGCAAAAAACUCCGUGGGCUCCUCGCCGCCUUCCAGAAUAGCCAGCAUGGAGAUUCCAAACGAUGAUCUCAAAGUAGAGCAGACAGUCGGAAUGGGGAACGGGAUCCUCCUCACGUGGAACUACGACCCCAACAUGACCUGCGACUACGUCAUUAAGUGGUGCAACGCGUCCCAGCCGCAGCCCUGCCUCAUGGACUGGAAGAAGGUCCCCGCAGACAGCACCGAGGCCGUGAUCCAGUCGGAUCAGUUUCGCCCCGGCGUGCGGUACCAUUUCUUCCUGUACGGGUGCAGAAACCACGGCUAUCAGCUGCUGCGCUCCGUAAUUGGAUAUGUAGAAGAAUUGGCUCCAACCGUUGCACCAAAUUUCACCGUGGAGGACACAUCUGCGGAUUCGAUCCUGGUGAAGUGGGACGAUAUACCCGUGGAGGAGCUCAGAGGCUUCCUACGAGGCUACGUGUUUUACUUUGAAAAGGGAGAGAGAGACACCUCGAAGAUGCGAGGUUUGGAAUCAGGCCGUUCCGACGUGAAAGUUAAGAACAUCACCGACAUCUCCCAGAAGACACUGCGGAUCGCCGACCUUCAGGGCAAAACCAGUUACCACCUGGUCCUGCGGGCCUACACGGACGGCGGCCUGGGCCCCGAGAAGGGCAUGUUCGUGGUGACCAAGGAGAACUCCGUGGGGUUGAUCAUCGCCAUUCUCAUCCCCGUGGCCGUGGCGGUCCUCGUCGGGGUGGUGACCAGUGUCCUUUGUUACCGGAAACGAGAAUGGAUAAAAGAAACCUUCUACCCUGAUAUUCCUAAUCCUGAAAACUGUAAAGCGUUACAGUUUCAGAAGGCUGUCUGUGAGGGAAGCAGUGCCCUGAAAACAUUGGAAAUGAAUCCCUGUACCCCGAAUAACGUCGAGGUUCUGGAAACUCGAACAGCAGUCCCUAAAAUAGAGGACACAGAAAUCAUUUCUCCCGUGGCCGAGCGUCCCCCGGACGGCUCGGAGGCAGAGCCCGAAAACCACGUGGCCGUGUCCUACUGUCCCCCCGUCAUCGAGGAAGAAAUACCGAACCCGGGAGCGGAGGAAGCCGGGGGCACUUCCCAAGUCGUGUACAUCGACGUCCAGUCCAUGUAUCAGCCGCAGGCCAAGCCGGAGGCAGAGCAGGACGCGGACCCGGGCGCGGGGGGCGGCUACAAGCCCCAGAUGCACCUCCCCGUGACCUCUGCCGGGGACGAGGCGGCCGCGGAAGGGGACUUGGAGAAAACUGCGGGUUACAGGCCUCAGGCCACUGUGAACGCCUGGACCUUGGUGUCCCCGGACUCCCCCCGGUCCACGGACAGCAACAGCGAUGUCGUGUCUUUCGGGAGCCCGUGCUCCAUCAACUCCCGACAGUUCCUGAUCCCCCCGAAGGACGAAGACUCUCCGCGAUCCAAUGGAGGAGGGUGGUCCUUCACAAACUUUUUCCAGAACAAACCAAACGACUAACGUGUCACUUCCGUCCGCCAUCUCAGUAAGCUCUCAUGGCCGGUGCUGCGGCGUGGGCCCGGGCACCCCUGGGGGGGUCCUGUGAAGUGUUGUCAGCGAGGUGGGCGCCACCACGUGGGUCACACGGCAGUGUCCGCUGCUUUCCGUGUAGUCUACACGGCAGAGUCACGCAGAGACUCAGCCCACGCAGCUCAAGGUCUGGAGCUGUUUGUGAUUUGAGCCAAAGAAUUCUCCCUUUCUCUCCCUUCCAGAAGUAUUUCAAGCCGAACGCUGCCCGGCCCAUACGUGCAAAACAAAUCCCCCGGCAACCGCCCCCUGUUCAGUCCUUCCUGGUUUUCUCAUAUGGACACUUGACGGAAUUGCAAGCAGGUUUGCAGGCAAGGGGAAUGUCAAAGCCACAGAGGGCGUGGGUUUGCCUGCCCUUGACUCCAUCCUGGAUGAAAACCAAGCACAGAUCUGAGGACCUUCAACACUUCUCCUCCUCUCUCCACAGCAUUCACAAGCCAAUGUCAUUGUUUAAUGUAGCGACAGCUAGGUAGCGUUUGGUUUGGCCCGUGUGCCGAUCGCUGUGCCUGCUGUACAAUGGGUGUCAGUCACACAGUUUUCUCAGGGGUACACACUUGGAACAGGAGACGACACUGAGCAGCCCGAGUCGGAAUCGCCUUUCCUGCCUCUGGGGGGCAUUCUCCAACCUCUCCGUUAUUUUUCUAACUUUUCUGCUAGCUUCCCAUGUCGCACUUGAUUGCCUAGUAUUUAAAACUUAAAUCCCUAAGACCAGAGAUCUCUGUUGUUGUUGUUGUUGUUUUAAUCUGGGUUACUUUUUGUUCCACCGUGUCAGUUGCAUACAUACAUGAGCGAGUUCAACAUUACCCCUAAACACAUGAUUCUGGGGGCUUCCCAUUGGAGACGGCUACUGCGCAGGGUCUUAGCGACAUUCGCUCUCUGUGCACUCGUGACAGCUUCAGCUUCUCCUGGGUCACCUCGUAGCCGAUGUUCCUUCUGAUCGCGCCUCUUCGCCGCUCCUCUCUCUUAUGUGCUCAUCAGUCCCGACUGUUCGAUCCAGUCCUCCAUUUUUAAAAAGAUAAACUGAAAAGAUCACGCUUCUUACAGGGACAGUUACGCAAGGGCUCUUUAAGGUGAAAUGUCACAAGAUCCACGUGAGUCGACGGGCACCCCUGUGUUACAGCUGCCCAGAGUCAGGUGUCCCCCCGCAGCCUCUGCCCGCCCUCGGGGUUCACAGGUGAUGUCUGGAUUGGACUUGGUUCUCAGAAAAAGCAGAUGAAAAGCUACAAAGUGUAUCUUAUUUUGUUCCUGCCCUCAGGUGGUCUAUGUAUUUUAUCUUUUGAUACUUAGAGUACUUAAAAUUUUGAAAUAUCUUAAGUCAAGAUAUGCCUGUUUUGUUUUGUGUGUUUUUUUUUCCUCAUCAGAGGUUCUGUAAUGUAUCUGUACAUAAUGGAUCAGUUUGGGAUUUUUCUAGCUCAUAAUGUAUCUUUAUAAAAACCAUGUUGUGGGGAAAAGCCACGGGGUGACAAAGGGCAAGAUCUGUGCAGGUGCUCGGUGUAUGAAUCCUGACGUUAACUGCUGGAAUUCAGCUGAGUCCCCGAGCUUCCGCGAUAUGUGGACGUGUGGAACAAAAUAGAAUUUUGUACAUACACUAGGAUAUUUAAACUAUGUCAUAGUUCAUAGAGGUUUUCAUCAAUGAGACAGGUAUCAAAUUAGAGCAUCCCUAACAGAGUUUGCUCGGUCGGACUCCUGCCCUUAACCUUCACCCGAGACACUCAGACCUGGGGCUCCCCUUUUCCCCCCGCCCGAAGCUCAUCAUCAUAAUACUGCUUGUCCCCAACAGGAUCCUGCCUCAUCCCCCAAGAAAUCCAUAGGUCCUUCCUUUUAUCCCUGUAAGUUGGAUCAAUGUUGAUCAUGGGAAAAGAUCAGCAGAGAUUGUGUGAGCUCUGAAGUCGAUACUGAUGUAUUUCACCCGUGACCAUCUGGACCCGUGCCCUUCUAACUAAUGAUCUGUUUGUCUGGCUCAGGGUGACUAGCCCUGGGGCUCCCGCAUCCUUUCUCUCUGUCCAUGAGCUGUGUCCCACUGUGUUGUUGAAAAAUGCUGCCUACAGAACACACGUUCACAUCUCUCCCAGCCGAGUUCAAGUCCAGCUUCCCUCAUGGGGAAGGGAGACCCUGGUGGUCAUUGGGAUGGGAUUUCUCUUGCGAGUGACCCCCUUAAGUAAAACACUACUCAAUAUAAAAACACUCUUAGGAGACUUAGCUAGGCUUUUAACAUUAGAUGGACCUUUUGUUUAACAUGAUGUAUUGCAUGGAGUAGACCCAUGUAUAACUGAAGUCUUACGUGUGUCGAGCCUGCCUGUAGAAGCCUGGGUUUGAGACUGCGGUCCUGAGAACCUGGAUCGUUGAGUUGAGUGUCUGUGUGCUCAGGUGACAGAGGUACUGUGUGCCUGCAGCUUAGACCCGGAAGCAGCCAUUCACGGAAAAGUUCAAGGGCAGAAGUGUCAGCCUCACUCUCCAUACCAGCAUUGAUUUCCCGGCUCAUGGAUCGGAGGAUUUCACGGAGAGCAUGUAGUCCUAAACGUUUGCUGUGGCAAAAGCCCCACUCGUAAAACUUCAUGCAACUUGUAUCCUUGCAGGAAAUUAGGCCUAUAAUUUUUUAAUUCGUCUUCAUACCAUCCAUAUUAAAGAACAUUACUGUCCUUUCUGUAUUUGAGUAAUUAGAUAUAGUUCAGUAAAGGAGACUAAGGAAUAUUUUCUUCCAAAAGGAAUUUGAAGUCAAUUUUAUGGUAUUUUGAAAUUAAAGUACUCCCUACCAUGUCAGUAUGCAGAAAAUGCCAUCAGAAUUUUCUACUGCUCAGGCGCACGAUCUGAGAAGACUUUUUGCUUGUUUAUUUAAAGUAAUUUUUGCUGUUUCCUGUUAAAACCUAUCUUUUAUGGAAUCUUUUAUCCUGCAAGUGUAAAAUUGGGCAUCUCACGAGUAACAUGUGGGCUCAUUAGCUAACUUCGAAGACGAGGCACAUCGUGAAGGUUUAGUGAAUAAUUUUUCAUUGACUCAGUCCCAUCCCAGACUGUGCCGUUUCCAGAGUUCUCCUGAAGGGCAGUAUUAUGACAAGGUGUAACGUGUAGAUCUGAGACUAUUGGCUUGGAGAUCCAGUGCUUUAGAAGUGGCUCCGCAGUUUGACAACUUGGGAAAGACUCAGGCAAACGUAUCACCAGAGAGCGCAUUUCCCCCUCAUUUUAAGUGUUCCCAGUCCUUUGUAUUUGGUGGGUAGGCGACUGGGGACGUGUUUGUACCCACCAGCAUGUGUUCCAGCAAACCAACAAUGCAUUGACGUGCAGCUUCAUCGACGAAGUGAGCACUCAUUCUCUGGAUAAACUAUUUCUCUGCAGCAUUUAUUUUAAACCGGUAUUUUCUGCUGAAAGAAAAGUGUCAUGGUACCAUGCCCAUCUUUUUUAAGAACAUUUUUCACGUGAGGAUUUGCGUCCACCCUUCCUGGAAAUGCAUCUUCAAAUGUCAUUGGAAAGUACUUGGUUUGAUGUUGGUCUGCUUCUAUCUUCGUGGAUUAUGUGCCCAGGGGAUUAUCAGUGCCGGUAUGAGGAUUAAGGACAACAAUCCACGUGUCAGGCUUGAUGGUGUGUGGUAAGAUUUUAGGGGAUGUGGUUUGAUCGAGAACACAUCCAAAUCCACUGAAUGAUGAUACUGAGUUAGGACAGGAUUCUGUUCUUUUUAACCUUAAGUAGUGCUUGUUUCUCCCUGUAUUAAGAAUGUUAAUAUCUUGGAUUAUAAGUAUCCUGGUUAUACAGAGUUUACCUAUGCAAGACAAAUUCCAACUGUGCAACACUUUAAUGAAAAUUAAAAGUAGUGAUUUAAGAAGGAAACCUUCUGAAUGUUUUUAUGUGCAAGUGCCUAGCUGAAGAAUCAUAGAAACAAAGAAGUUUAAAAACUCUUGAGUAACUAUAACUGAUGGAAUAUUAACCAGUUACAAAGCCGUCAUAACUUACAUUACUUUUUGGUUGCUAUAACUCAAUACCGUAAAAACUAAGAGAUGUGAAUGGGGAAAUUAAUACUGAAUUGACAGGGGAAUUAUUUUAUUACAUUUGUAUAUUUAUCUCCUAAGAUUGCCUUUGCAGUAGCCAAUCAGAACUUUUAAAAAUAAAAAUAACAACAUAGAUCUUAUGCUGCUGCACUUCAGCAAAAAAAUACUUUGUAUACCUGAUUGAAUUGCUCACUUAAAAUUAUUGCAUUCCUUAUAUACAUUUAUUUUUCCCCUUUUGUUAUUUCUAUCACCAUUAUCCCCCAUAUACCCUUUUUGACCUCCGUUAUGUACAUUUAAAAUGUACUUCUCUUUGUAAUUACUCCAUCUUAAAUGGUUAACUUUCAGUUUCUGAACUCAUUAUUUUUCCUAAGCAUUCCAGGGGUGUAUUAUUAAAAAAAAAAAAAACACAAAAAAGAUUUCUGUGUGGUAAUACAAUAUUUUGUUAAAAUGUGAACAAGUUAGAGUUUAGGUUGACAUUAGUAUUGUGACAUUUGCAACUGAUCAUACUGAAGAAUGAUUUUCAUAAAUUUUUAAAAAUAGUCUGCCCCCAGUUUAAUUCCAAAUACUCUUCUCCAUUACUUAUGAUAUAUCCUCCUAUUUAGUUUUUUUUUUUUUCCUACAUAAUGUUUAGGAAAAGUGUGGAUACAUUAUGAAUAAAAGGCAACACACAAAAAGAAAUCUUACUCCGUUUAUUGUUGUGGAAAGUUAAGUAGUAUAUGAUGCCUGAGAUUUGUUUUUAUCCCAUUAUUUCCACCCAAAAAGAACAUGGCCUUUAAAAACACAAACAAAAACAUUCAAUUUAGAAUUGCUUGAAAAGAUUGGCCUGGACAGAGAGAGAUCCCAAAUUUGAGAUGGUACCAUAGGAAUGUUGAUAUUUUUAUUCUCUUUCAUUAGCUGGCCAUAAGUUCUGAAAGCGCUAGGAAAUCACCAUUUCUACUUUCAAAAUUGCAUUAUAGUGAAUUACUGUUUACAAAAUACACAUACUGUGAACAGAUAUAAGUUUUUGUUUUUUAUAAGGUUCUUUGUAGAAUGACUGUUUUUUCAAAAGGGAUGUAUGUUAAAUAUCUUCGUGUUUUUUUUUAAAUAAAUACUAGCAACUGUUUACUAAUUUUUGUUCAGUCAGGUGUGUGCAAAUGUAGCUGAAAGAGAGGGAGAGGCUGCAGAUCUAAACCUGUUCCCUUCUUCAUUUCUUGAAAUGUUACCACUGCCGACCUUUUGUUUCUUUUUUUCUUUCUUUACCUGAAUGAUCAGUCAUGAUGUUCUGUAUCUAAGAUCAUGCUUAGUCAUAUAAGGAGAAGCAUUUACAUAUAUAUACAGGAAGCAAACUGCAGGUUGUAGGACAUUUGUGCGACUCGCUCUCACUCGCAAAAUUCUGAGUUUAAUGUGGGAUAAAACAACUCCACUUACAAAGCUAACAAGUAUUUUCUGCCUUGUGAAAAUUUGGAGAUUAUGUGGCAUUAGGAUGGAAAAUUUGGUCAUUUUAUAUUAUUGUAUAAUUUCAGAAUUUAGUUUCCAUAUGUUUUGGAGAACAUGGUUAUAGCAAGAACAUAGAAUAUAAGUAACCUAUUACUAAGAGACCUUAAAUGUAAAAUUAGUACGCUUGGCUGUUAACUCUUAAAGAUGUUACUUAUGUCUGUUUUUAAAACGUGCAUGUAUUUAACAAUUUUACCAUAGUAUUGUCAUGGAAAAAAUAAAUAUAUUUUCUUACAACUUACA